AAGAUUUUGGAAGUUCGUGAUACUUCGUGGCUUAUCAUCCAACUUGUUUAACUGACGAACUAUGGAUGCCAGCUCGCAAUAAACGUCUCUAUUUUGAUGCGGGAUGACCACGCGCCCCUAUAUCGCCUGCUGAUUAACUUUCCCGCUCAGACUUGUCGUGCAUCUAGACAAAAAUGCGCAAAAAAGAUUUUUCAAUUUCUGUGCUUUUGAAGGGAAAGGAAAAUUUAAUGUAUCAUCUGAUUCUUCUGUUCUUCACUUUGACAGGAAGCCUCGGUGCCGAUUACCUCUAUUGCCCGAGCCCCGUACAGAAGUAUGCAUUUGAAUGUUUCACCGAUUAUAAUACCCAAAUGUUGAACAUGAAAAAAAGCAGUGCGACUUUAUUGUCUGGGGUGGAUGUAGAAAUACUACGGGCAUUCUGCAGUUCCUACAAUACAGCCAUGGCCUGUAUCAGAAAUAUGAAGGAACUUUGUCCCAUGUCUCUACACAGAAAAAUCGAGGCGACGCAGAUGAAUUUGGAGGGCGCUCAAUCUGAGCUUUCGGCGCUCUGCUCUGAUGACAGUAUUUAUGAACGUUAUGCCCGCUAUAUGACUUGUUUCCGUGAAUUCGGGCCAUACUCGGAGAGCUGUUUUAAGAGAAAGAUGAACUCCAAAAUUCGCCUAAUGCAGUGGAUCAACGAGGAUGAUAUAUUUCAGUUAUGUAGGGAUCUUGCACGAACCUUGGAUUGUAUUACCUCAACAAUUACCAUCGAGUGUGGACCGGAAGCUGCGCAACUUGUACCCGUUCUUGUUAAGCCUAUGGUAAAGAAAAGCACGAAGUGUGACAUGAUAUCUACAACGAUAUCAGAAGAAACCCAGACCACGGUAAAACGGCGGAGACCAUACAGACAGAAAACUAGCACCCCUAUUGCCAGAUUUGUAACUACGCCAGAAACAGAUAGAUCAUUGCACAGUCACGUGAUAUACGCAAACACGAACGACAAAAAUAGCGCCUCUCUUCUGAACUCUGGUGUGGCAGUUAUGUGUUUGACGUUUGUUUUUCUACAAUACUUAAAAAUCUAUCUUGGUCUUUCAGCAAAUUGACUAAAUUUAAAGCGUAAAGAGGUAAACAACGUACCCUUACCAUUAAAAUAAAUCACAAAAUCCAUCAGUUGUAGAAAAGUCCUCACAAGACUUUAAUCUUCAUACCUCAUCUGUUUCAGGUUUUGUUUUAAAAAAUGCAUCAACUUUGCAAAAUCACACUUUUUGUUACCCUUUACCUUAGAAUCGAAUGUAAACAAUAUAAUUAUGUAUAUUCUACACAUGCAAUCUGUGAUACGCAAACAACAUUCCAAGUUCUGUCCUGCACCCUACAGAACUAUUUAGUUGUUAAUUAACAAUCAAAUGAAGGGGAAUCCUUGUCGGCUGUGGAGAACAAUAGUGGAAUGUCCCUCCAUCUCGGAAAGAAAAUAGAGAACAAGGCAAUCAAAAUUCGAAGCGGUGGUUAAAUGAAUGUAAUGUACUUUGGUAAAAGAUAUUGUUCUGAAAGAAAUAUAUAUUUUUGUCAAUUGUAUUUUUCUUAUAACAAUUACAGUCAAAUAAUCCAAUGUACCUAGAACAGUAAAACUUGUCUAAUCCAGAUGUUGUUUACUCUGAAAUCUUGUCUAUUGCGAAGUAAAUUUUAAGUACUUUUCAUAAAAAUUAAUUGUUAAAGAUAUUGUCAAAUCUGGUAUGUUGUCUAAUCCGGCAAAUUUCAAUGGAACCAGUAGUGUCUGGGUUAGAAAAGUUUUUACUGUAUAUUUUUCUCAGAUUGAGAUUUACAUAUCUGUAGUCUUUGUUUAUAAAUAAUAGCAGAAACACAUAGCUUUGCCCCGUUUCAUUUAAAAUAUCUAACAAACUAUCACUGUGUUACAGUCUCAUUCUUCAAUCAUACCCAAAAAUAUUAUUCACAAUAGGGGCAUAUAAAGGUAUUAAGUGUUUAAGGCAUUCAAAAAGAUAUAAAGGAACUUUGAGA